CUCCUUUUAAUCUACCAAAUCCAUACCCACUCCUAAAAGCACAUCUCCUCUGGACAAAAAGUCCUCCUUUGCUUCAGAUUCAAAUCCAUGGCAUCGGUAAAGGUUCUAGGCGCACCGGUGAGCCCGUACGGGAACCGGGUUCAAAUCGCCCUCAACUUGAAGUCCGUCGACUACGAGUUUCUGGUGGAGAAAUAUGGGUCCUAUAGUGAGUUGUUACUUAAAUCGAACCCGGUCCAUAAGAAAGUCCCGGUUAUGAUCCAUGGGGAAAAACCCAUUUGCGAGUCCCUUAUCAUUGUGCAGUAUAUUGACGAGGUGUGGACCGAUGGCCCGAGUAUUCUCCCUUCGGAUCCGUAUGAUCGAGCCAUGGCCCGGUUCUGGGCUGCAUAUGUUGACGAUAAGUGGUGGCCAACAAUUACAGUGCUCCGUAACGCAGUGGGAGAGGAGGCACAAGCAGCAGCACUAGAGAAAGUUAUUGAAGGGCUCGUGCCGUUGGAGGAUGCUUUCGCCAAAUGUAGCAAGGGAAAGGACUUCUUCAGUGGUGACACUAUUGGGUACCUUGAUAUAGCCUUCGGGAGCUUCUUGGGGUGGAUAAGUGCGAUCGAAGUGACGGCCGAUAUAAAGCUGCUCGACGAAACCAAGACCCCUGGACUGUUCGGAUGGGCCAAGGUGUUUCGUUCGAAUGCUGCUGUGAAGGAUGUUGUUCCAAAAACAGAAGUGUUUGUGGAGGUUAUCAAGAAGUUUGCUGCUAGAGCCAACGCUCAGUAAUUUUCCAAUUCGGUUGCCACCAAUUCAAAUAAAAUUGGGCUGCGUAGAUUACUCAAGAUGGUCUUUUUUUUCCUUCGUCCUUUUCUUUUCUUUUUUCUAGUUUCUUUUUCAAGUUUGGUUUGUUUUUCUUCUGAGUAUUGUAAUUCAAGAAUGGUUCUUUUUUGCUGCAGAUUUUGCUUUUUGCUGUUCUGACUAUUUGCAAGA